AUGUUGCUUCCCAAAGUACUGGGAAGGGUCGCCCUGGCCGCCCCUGCAGACGACACACUCGUUCCUUGUUUCAAUGCACCGGCUGACAAGUUAGCCCUCUCAACAUACCCACCGCCUGUCAACGCCCAAGAGACGGGUCAGUCCGUCUUCGUGUCUCCCGACAACCUCGUCACCUUCGCCUUCGCCGCUCCGACCGACCACAAUCGCGAUGUCUACUUCUCUCUGCGCGUUCACCAGAGCGUCACCUGGGGUGCCGUCGGCCUUGGGUCAGACGACAUGCCCAAUUCCCUGAUUCUCAUGCUCUACCACGAUGACGAGGGCACCGGCGUCACCUUCUCGCCUCGCAUCGCCUUUGGCAACUACGAGCCCGAGUACUAUUCACACAUGCGCUGGGAGGUGCUCGACGGUACUGGCAUCCAAGGCGACUACUUGGUCUUCAACGCACGCUGCACCGACCACUGCCGCACCUGGCUGCACGGCUCCCUCGAUGUCUUUGAUCACGAUCAGAAGGCCAUCUGGGCCGUUGGUCCCGACGGCAGCCUGCGCUCCGACGACAUGGACGCGCCGCUGCCCAUGCAUAGGCAGUUUGGCGGCUUCGAGAUCGACAUGGGCCGCACCAACAAGGUCAACGCCACGAGCAUCAGCGCCGACGCGAAGAACAUUGGCACCGAGACGAGAUUCCACCAGCAGAGCCAUCGCGAUCUCAAGUCACGAUUUCACGCCAUCUUCAUGAUCAUGUCCGUCUGCGUGCUGCUGCCGGCAGGCAUAUUGUGCCUGCGCGCCGGUCAGAUGGUGCGCUGGCACGGCAUCGUCCAAAGCGUCGCCCUCGUCUUUGCCAUUGUCGGUGUCAGUCUAGGCAUUGUCACGAGCUUCCUGUAUCAACGUGGUCAGGCGCAGCCCGGCGGCGGCAACGCAGGCUACCAGCCUGGGUAUGGCUUUGCCGGCCACGCGGCGCCAGCAGGAUAUGCCCCACCCGGCGGCCCUCUCUCUCCCCGCGGCUAUGCCGCGCCACCGCCGUAUGAAGGACCGCCGCCCGCACAGGGAUCAGGCGCCAGCAUUGGGUUGUCGACCAUGAGCCCAGCCUCUGGUAGAGAUCGGGAGAGGGACCGUAAGGAUGGUGAUGGGGGUGACCUCGGACCAGUGCAGACUCCGAGAGAAACGUUGUAG